UUUUUGAUUACUUAUACAAAGAUCUAUAAAAUCCCGGGUUCACCGUCAUCUUAACCAUCGGGUUUUCUAGACAGACUAAGCCAUGUUAUCGCUUGCGAGCAUUGGUUUACUAUGCUUCAUAAGCUAUACAUCUUCUCACUGGGUUCCAGAGAUGGAAAACAUAAAACACUUUGAAGGAGAUAUGGUAUUGGAUCCAGACCAAAGAAAAGCUGUUCUUAACGGAUAUGGAAGUAUUAUCGGAGGACGUUGGCCAAAUAAUAUUGUUCCGUAUGAAAUGAGCAGAAUAAAUAAGCAAGGCCAAGUCAUGAUUAACCAAGCAAUAGAACAAUAUCACAAGCACACGUGUUUAAAGUUUGUUCCAAGAACUAACCAACGUGAAUUCUUAAGUUUUUAUCAUGGAGAUGGCUGCUCUUCACCUGUCGGAUACCAGCAAUUCAGAAUGAAUGAAAUUUCAUUGGCGAGUGGUUGUUUUCAAUUAGGUACAGUUAUGCAUGAAAUCGGACAUAGUUUAGGAUUUUACCACGAGCAAAGCAGACCAGAUCGUGACAAGUACGUUACCAUAGUGUGGAAAAACAUACAACGAAUUAAUGGACAGGACAUGAGUUACAAUUUUAAUAUGCAUACCUUAAAUACAAUUAAUAGUAUGGGAGAACCUUACGACUACGAAUCAAUGAUGCAUUAUGAUAGCACUGCAUUCGGAGGAGGUCGAGUGACAAUCUUGACAACCGACAAAAACAAACAAAAUGUAAUUGGACAAAGGAACGGUUUUAGUAAAGGAGACAUCGCUCAAUUAAACAAAAUGUAUCCUUGUCCAGGCUCAGUAACCCCUAAACCAACACAGUUGCCACGCUGCAGUCCCGGGCAAGAUAUUAACGCUGACUGUCCAUUAUGGGCUAAAUCAGGAUACUGUACUUCGGCGAACUUUUGGCAAAGUAUGAAUCAGCUAUGCUGCAAGUCAUGUGCAAGUUUAUCAACAGCUAAACCAGCUGCAACAUCAGCUUUACCACAAUGCACAGAAGGAGUUGAUAUAGACAAAGAGUGUCCGAACUGGGCUCAAAAAGGAUUUUGUACCGAUCCCACCUAUACUAAAGGAAUGAUGCGAUUAUGUUGCAAAUCAUGUGCCAGUGAAUGUAAAGACAAAGACGUGAACUGUGAAGAAUGGGCAAUAACUGGCGAAUGCAAAAAAAAUCCUGACUGGAUGUUAAAAACCUGUCGCAAAUCGUGUAAAGUUUGUGCCGAGCCCUGCAUCGAUUUUGAUGCCAAUUGCGUUUCGUGGGCUUCAAAGGGAGAAUGCAAAAACAAUCCUGAUUGGAUGCUAAAGUAUUGCCGCAAAUCUUGCAACUCUUGCCCCGCUGCAUGCGAAGAUAAUGAUAUUAACUGUGCAGCUUGGGCUUCAACUGGAGAAUGUAAGAAAAAUCCUGAUUACAUGUUAUCGACAUGUCGUAAAUCAUGUAAUGUUUGUGUAGGUUGCGUUGAUAAUGAUUUGUACUGCCCUGAUUGGGCCAAAACUGGAGAAUGCACAAAAAAUAAAGAUUAUAUGUUGACAGCUUGUCGAAAAUCAUGCAAAGCUUGUUAAUAAAAUAUAUUUUUAAAAUUAAAAUAUGUACAUUUUUGUUUUUUAAAGUUUAAAAAUUAAAUAAAUCUUGUUUUAAAUAAAUCUUGUUUUAA